GGGGUGGAGCAGCAGGGAAAAGCUCUGUAUGUCAGCUAGGGAGAGGGAGGCAGGCAGAGCCUGAGGGUUGCAAGAAAAUUGAACUUGGAUUUUUCAUUAAAAACCAUAGAGUCAGUAGUAUUUAAAAGUUAAGAACAGAGCAAAGUGGCACACACCUGUCAUCCUGGCACUGGGGAGGCGGAGGUGGGAGGAUCAUCCUUGGCUAGAGUGAGUUCAAGGCCAGGCCAAGCUCUGUGGAACUCCUGUCUCCAAAACAAAUAGGCUCAAAGAGGUGAAGAAGACCUUUGCUCAGGGUCGCUCCUUGUUGAGACCUACCUCUCACCUGCUGAGUGAUUUCAGGUGUCCACUCUAAACCGGUCCUUCCUAGAACAUCAUCACAAACAGUGACCUGGGCACUGGAGCUAGGUACACUCCCCUGGCAGGACAGAGGGCAGGAAGGGAGUGGGAGCCAUGGCAGCCUCUGGGAGGAUCUGGUCUUUGAUUCCGGGGAACUGGGAGCUGCAGAGCAUUGGGGACAAAGUCAGUGAGCCAGUCCUGUGCAUGACUGGAGGACAGGCCUGUGCAGGGGCACCCAGCUCUCCCUGCACCCCCACCCCCUGCCCAAGCCAUGGCACGUGUGUCCCUAUCCGCCUUUCCCCUGCCACCUGGCCCAUUUCUCAAGGGCACUAGCAGGAAGGGGGUAGGCACUGCCGGCCUGAGGCCUGAUGUCACUGGCAGGGAGCCAGAGCCAAGACUGCAGCUUAGCUUAGUGCGGGCCAAGGGGGGGGGGGUGAGCAGCAGGGGGACAGGAAGCCACCAGAACAUAGUUGUUCAUUCAGGGCACUCAGCUGCCACCAUUCACCAGUGAAGUCUGGGGGCUGGAGGGAAGGCAGUGGGGCACGUUCGAGGGGCCCAGGGUGGGAGCCAAGAGCGACAGGCAGGGGCUGGAGUGUGGACUACAACUCAGGGUGGACAGGAAGGUGCACUGAGUAGGUCAGCAGGGGCAGAAGGGAUGCUUUUGUCUGGGAGAACAGUCCUCUGCAAACCCACAGUUUUUUGAGACAGGAUCCCAAACUCAGUAUGUAGCCAAGGAUGACCCUGAACUCCUGAUCCUCCUGCCUCAGCCUUUGAAAGGAAGGGUGAACAGGUGGAAAACUUCCAGGCGACUGGGGUCCUCAGCAGGACCCCACAUAUCUCGAAGAUGGUCAAGACCACCCAGAACUCGGCUAAGAAGGAAGACAAGCCUGUCCCAGAGCCUGCGGACCCCCAGAACCCCGAGUUCAAAGCCAUCCCAGGGCCUCAGCUAUCCACCAGACGUCGGUUCCUCUCAGAGGUUGACGAGCCCCAGGAUCCACAGCCUGUCUGGGACAAGGAGCCCCAUUUCUGGCAAGGCUCCCUGACCCAGGAAAUCUGGAAAUUUUUCAUGGACAGCCGCCAAGAGAACCAACACGGGGGCAAGGUUUUCUCACAGGAAAGUAAAGACUCAGGCCUGCGUUACUCUAAACCGGAACCUCAGCCCAGGCACAGAAACAGCCUGAGUGACUCUGAUGACCCCAUUCUGAUCAAGUCUCCCUCAGACCUGCUAAGUGAUUACCAAGAAGACAUCAGUGAGCCCCAGUUUGAGACCCAGGUGAAUGGGAGGCCUGGAUGUAGACAUGGGAAGGGAGGUCACAAGCCAGCAGGGCCAGCUUCUUUCUUUGUACUGCAGGAGUCUUCUGGAAGAGCUCAUGAAUUUCUGAAUCCCUUGUUCUGGGACUCUGAAGUGCCAGGCACAUCACUCUGGCAAUCAGAGAGGUUCACUGUCCCGCAAGCGCUGCAGAAGGUGCGUGUGCUGAAACACCAGGAGCUGCUGUUGGCCAUAGCCGUGAGCUCCUUCACGCGGCACGUCUUCACCUGCAGCCAGAGUGGCAUCAAGGUGUGGAACCUCAUGAGCCAGGUAGCCGAGGACAGACACCCUGAAAGCCACUUGCAAUGUGACGGCGUCCAGCCUAACAGGGGAUACCUGCGCACCUGCCUGCUGUCCUCCAACAGCAGGACCCUGUUCGCGGGUGGAUAUAACCUGCCCGGCGUGUUUGUGUGGGACCUGGCAGCCCGGUCCCUGUAUGAAAAGUACCAACUGCCCUGCGACGGCCUGUCCUGCCAGGCGCUGGCCAGCACAAAGGAGAACAUGGUCUUUGCUGGCUUCACAGAUGGCACAGUCAGGAUAUGGGACCUGCGGACUCAGGAAAUAGUCAGGGACCUCAACAGCCCUGCCGGUGCAGCCAAAUGCCUUGUGAUCAAGGAUGACAGUGUCUGGAUGGGGGGUCUGGACGCCUGUCUGCGAUGCUGGGACCUGCGGGUAGCCAAGAUGUCGCUGGAGUAUCCGGUCCAGUCCCAGAUCAUGAGCCUGUCUCACAGUGUGACUGAAGACUGGCUGCUGCUGGGUCUGGCCGAUGGCCAGCACUGCCUCUUCAACAGCAGGGAGAGGAACCAGGUGCUCACUGUGGGUACCAAGGACCAGACCAUCUUAAGGCUCAGCUUCUCCCCAAACGGCCAGUGGUGGGUGAGUGUAGGUAUGGACAACCUCAUCACCGUCCACAGCAUGCCCAUGGGAGCGAAACUGUUUCAGGUCCCUGAGGCUGCCGCUGUGAGAUGCUUUGACAUCACUGAGAACAGCAGGCUGAUCGUCACAGGAUCUGGGGACUGUGCCUCCAUAUAUCACAUCAAGUACUGACAGCUUCAACUCCCCUCCCCUAACUGCACAGUGGUGGAUGGCCAGGGUGUGAAGGGUCUGCGAUGCUUCCAGAGACUUCCAUGAGGUGUGCAGACCCUGAGUCAUAGGUAAUAAAGCAUUUUAAAAGGC